AUGGCGACCACCAUCAAGACCGACCCCGGGAUGGGGGACUACAACAGUGGCAGUGGUGAGUACACUUUCAGUUGUCUUUGCAUUGCUUCCUGUCACGUUUGAAGUCAAGCCUGUUUUGACUGCGCUUCGUGCCUCACACUCUCUCCCUCGACCCAUGUCCCAGCCCACUUUCCUUCGUCAUCUGCACAAGUACCUGUUCGCCCUCCCUCCUCUUCGCGUUCGCAGACACGCUGUAGAGACAAGUCAAGUUUCGCCAAGUCCGCACAUACAGACGUCAGCAUAAGAUUUGCACAUAUGCCCCACGGCUACCGGUCUACCGGGCAUUUGCAUCCGUGCCUUCCCUCACUGUAUCAUGUCCACGCAUGGCUACAUAUACGCACUCGUGCCUCUCUCAUCCCAACCCAGACCCUAAUACACGCUCUUACUGUAAUUUUUAAUAUCGCCCAACAUCACUAUUUUGCCCAUGUCAAACACUCAGUAUACAUCCUGGUCGGACCCGCUAAUCAUGAUGCCCGCAUACUCUCCACGCGGCACUGCCAUCGAGUACCCCUCUCCUGUUUCCCGCCGGCCUUCACUAUGUCCGUCAGAUAGUGGCAGGAGAGACAGCUCGAUUGGCUUCGUGUCUGCCAUGGAGAGUAAAGGGCAAUGGUCGUCAAUAGGCAGUGAACCAAGAAGUCCACUUGCACAAUUUGGGUUCUUCAAGAAUUUGACUGAAAAGAAGACAACACGAGAUGGACAGACACCCAAGAGGAGAGGUCCCAAACCGGACAGUAAACCGGCCAUGACCCGGCGGCAAGAGCUCAACCGACAGGCACAGAGGACCCACCGUGAAAGGAAGGAGAUGUACAUCAAAGCUCUCGAGCAAGAAGUUCUCCGCUUAAAAGAGACGUUUGGUACCACAAGUCGUGAACGGGAUCAUUACGCUGGGGAGAACCGACGACUGAAAGAGUUGCUCAUGGCUCAUGGUAUCGCUUUCGACAGUCUUGCGAGUCCUCCUCACGGCCUUCCCCAGAAGGGGAGCUCGACAUACAGCUCAAGUGGCAGCGUAUCUGGUGGAUAUGGGCCCGGGUCAGCGUCGACUGGCUACACCUCGCCGCCGAGUGUUCAUCACUGCAACAGCUCGAUCUCGCAUGACAUGAUGAUGCAGACAUCAAUGCACUCGCAGGCUCUGCAACCGAGCCCACAAGUCAACAGCCUGGACUACGACCAGAUCGGAGUUGACUUCGUUUUAACGUACGACCGAACGCCCUAUCUUUCUCCUCCACCCCAACAAUAACCUAUCACGCCCGCUACGUUGCCUCUUUUCUUUCAUUCAUUAUCCUUCGUACGUCAUAUUUCUUUACGAUCGUUCGCUCUCUAUCUGACUGCUGCGCCUUCCAGUCUUGAGCGCCCUUGCAUGGACCACAUGCAAUACCUCAUGGUACGUGCCCACGACGCCGAAGAAACAAUUAGCGGCCACGCACUCAUGGCGACCGCGCCACCCGACUCGCAUAUCGCGAAUUGCCCAGAGGAAAAAUAUCCUCACCAGAUGCCCGACGUUGCGAUGCCGGACCUGAUGAAGCUGCUCGACCUUAGCGCUAGACUGCCUCUGGACGGUGAGAUCACACCUAUCAUGGCUUGGGUUAUGAUUUUGAAGGACCAGCACUUCAAGACGCUGACAAAGGAGGAGAUUGGCGCCAUAAAGGGGGAGCUGCUUGCCAAAGUGCGAUGCUAUGGGCAAGUCUACACAUGAUCUUCACAACAAGCACACGCUAACAUGUAUCAGUUUCGGCGCAGUCCUCGAGGAGUUUGAAGUGCGUGAUGCGCUGAUGAACGCUCUCACCACGAACGGCAGCUGCAUGACUGGCGCGUAG